ACAGAUCCUGAAGAAUCAAAUUAGAAAAAUUGGUGAAUUUUUCGUCCGAAGAGAUCGAGACGAACACCUUCUCAUCUCCUUCUAUCUUCAAAUCCUACUCCCAGAAUCUCACGUUUUUCGCAAUCAUUCCUCUCGAACCCAUCGGAAUUUUCUUAUAGGCAGAUUCUCCGCUUCAGAGAUUUGGGAUUCUGCCUUUGAAGACGAAGCGAUCUGAUCUGGAUUUUUGGUUUGGGGAAUAUCGGUACAUGGUAUAAUAGAUGGGGUUAGUGUUUACGAGAUUGUUCUCUUCGCUUUUCGGAAACAAAGAAGCUCGGAUCCUCGUUCUCGGUCUUGACAAUGCUGGCAAAACCACUAUACUUUAUCGGCUUCAGAUGGGCGAAGUUGUCUCCACUAUUCCAACAAUUGGAUUUAAUGUGGAAACAGUUCAAUACAACAAUAUAAAGUUUCAAGUCUGGGAUCUCGGUGGGCAGACGAGCAUCAGGCCAUACUGGAGAUGCUAUUUUCCAAAUACUCAGGCCAUAAUAUAUGUGGUUGAUUCCAGUGACACAGAAAGACUAGUAAUUGCUAAAGAGGAGUUUCAUGCCAUUUUAGAGGAGGAAGAGUUGAAAGGUGCUGUUGUUCUCAUAUUUGCUAACAAACAGGAUCUUCCUGGUGCACUGGAUGAUGCUGCUGUGACAGAGUCCCUAGAGUUGCACAAAAUAAAAAACCGUCAAUGGUCUAUUUUUAAAACCUCUGCAAUCAAAGGAGAAGGUCUCUUUGAGGGUUUAGACUGGUUGAGCAACACGCUCAAAUCUGGGGGUGGCUAAACCCUUUGUUGUUUCUUCUGAGUUAGUUGUCUCUCUCAUUCUCACACCCCCUUUUCAUAUUUUAAUUGUUAUAUUAUUAUUUUGUUCUCAACUUUUUCCAUCAAAUCAUGUAAGGUUCUGUUUUUGUUUUGUGGGCGGAUCUUUGUUUUUGUUAUUAUGAAUUUGGAAAUGGACAAGUAUUAUAUUCUACUGUUAUUAUUAAACGAUUUUAUA